UGCAGGUUAAUACGGAGACAGAAGAGAUUAAAUAAGUAAUGUUUUAAAGACGACUGGACUGGAAUAAACUUUAUAAUGAAUAAACUCUGAAUGAGGAACAUGAAGGGGUGAAAGUAAGCUGAGGUAAAAACCACCGAAGAAGAAGACGAUGAAGAUUCCCGCUCUUUUCUCUCACCGCCGUGCGCGAGCUCUCACCCGCCUCAGUGUCCUGCUUCAUUCUGCACCUAUUCCAGUGUGGUAGCGGAACGUCUGUUAGUAAUAUAUUUGCCAAUAUCACUCAGGAUGUUUCACAUUGUGGAAUUUGCAGACAAAAAGGUUGCAGUAGUCCCAGCUGUUUGGGUAUCGAAUGGAAUCUGUAGCUGGCCCCCAUACAAAAAUGGAAACGAGAUGAGCAAGGCAGUGAAAAAGCAAGAAAUUCCGAAUCCAGACUGGGCAAAAUACGCUGUCAUAGUGAGAUGCACGAAAAAUUCAUACGAUGCUAUAAGGCCUAAAUUAGCACUGGCUGAACAGCAAAGUGAUCUGCAAACAGAGAGUGAAGAUGACACAAUGCCCUCAUACAAAAGAAGGAAAGGAAGGGGAUUCAAUAGGAAAUAUAUUCAGUCUGACAAUGAAGACGAUGUUGGAGACAAUGGUGAUUUUGAAGAAACAAUAUCUGAUGUAAAUUAUCUGCCAGAUACUGCCAAUGCUACUAGACAACCAACUAAUGCGACAUCACCACCCAAUGUGCCAGAAAGAACUCUAGGCAUCACACCACCACCCCUGUUUCCACCACCUCAGCUCCGAACAACAUUGAUGGUAAAUACCCCAGCAACCCGACAAAUGCAGAGCGAGGCAGAUGCAUCUACUAGUCAAGCCACUGAUGCUGGGACAGUACCACCCAAUGUGCCUGAAAGAACUCUAGGCAUCACAGCACAAACACCUCAGCUACCGACAUCACUUAGGUUAAAUACCCCAGCAAGGAGACAACUGCAGAUCGAGACAACCACACCUGUGCAGAUCGAAAUUCUCACUCAGCUUGAAAUAAUCAAGCAGCAACAGGCCCAAAUCCUGCUGUUACUACAAAAACAAAACUCUAUGGGUGCUAUGGGUACAGACCAGACAGAAGUGGUGGCGAUAGCAGCAAAGUUUCCCAUUAAGGACAGGAGUGGUCUUACCACACUAGAGCAGGAGCUUCGUGAAAGCCCAGCCAUCAAAGAGAAAGCAAUAAACUAUUUUGGCAUCAUCGGGGGUACAAAUGUAAGAGAUACGACAUGGCGUACUCUUCAGAAGAUGAUUUCAAAUGACCUUGCUAGAUCAAUGAACUGGAAAGGGGCCAAUGGAAAGGUCUCAUUCAGCGACUCAUGUUUACGAGAAAUAGUCAAUCAGUCAGUGAGAAAAAUUUUUGUGUGCGCAGAAGCCACAGAUGUAGCCAUUGAGUCAGUGGUAAAAAGAUGGCUACAUCUGGCUCCAGAUAGAGAUGGAGGGAGAAAGGAGAGGGCAAGGAGACAAGAGGAGGUAAUUUCUGCAUUACAUACCUCUCUACUAUAUUUCAAACAGUUGAAUGGGUAGCUGAUUUGUAGAGGCAUGCAGUCGAUGUCGAUGUAUAGUGACCUGUUUUCUUAAACAACAACAAAAAAAAAACAUUAAAAAAAAAAAAUUAAAAAGGGGAAGCUUGCCACCAGUCAAAAGUCAGUGUAGAACCACAAUUGAAUUAUAGAUUAGAUGAGAUUUAUGUCCAUUAGAAAACUGAUUCACUGCUCCUGC